UGUUGUUGAUGAUUUGUUUUUAAAACGGUGGCGAAAAAAACAAAUGUCCUAUUGUCAAAAAAAUUUUUUUUUUUGCCGGUCUAUUGUUGGUUCGAUUAAUGUUAUUGUUAUCAUUUAUCUUUUUACAUUGUUCAUGUAAACGAAAUGAAAUACACACGGCUACCUGAUUGAUAAUCAUAAUAAUAAUCUACUUGAAUUGAAGCAAACCUUUUAUAAAAUUCAGGCAAAUACCCAUUUACGCAUACCUCCUAUCUUAUAUAUACAAACACACACACACACUUACACACGAAAUCACCCGGUGAAUUCUUCAAGUCAUCAUUUGUUCAUCAUUCUCAUUUGUUCAUCAUCGUCAUAAGUUCACUCUCACAUUUGUUUCAUCAAAUAUCCUAUGAUAUCAACUCAUAGAACGUUAUCCAUCAUUUCAAUCAUUUGAUCGCAUCAGGCGCCACCAUCCCAGAUUUUGUUUAAAUGUCUCGACUGUGAUUAUGGCAUCAUCGCAAUUUUUGAACGAUUCGGAAAUGGUCAACAAUUCAAUUCUUAAUGAUAGUCGCUCAAAUGAUAAUUUUAAUAAUAAUUCAUUUCAAAAUAUGAAAUGUGAGCCAGAUAGCCCUUCAAGUGGUGCAGAGAAUAGUAUUGGUGAACCGGAAACCGAGUUUAUUAGUGUACCAACAUCGCCAAGCGCUGUCGUUGGUAUGGGCGUCGAUUAUCCUAAUUCACCAUACAACUCGGGUUCUGAAUAUCCAAUGGGACGUAGUCCUAGCGGAGAUGACAAAGAUAAUUUAGAUCUCGGAUCACCACAACAUCAUAAUAACAACUCCAAUUCGAUAGUUAGCCUCAAUAAUAAUAAUGUCAACACCACCAACAACAAUAACCAAAGCGCCAACCAAUCAACAGAUAGAAAGACAUUCGAAUUCUGUGUAGUAUGUGGAGAUAAAGCAUCGGGUCGUCAUUAUGGAGCUAUUUCCUGUGAAGGUUGUAAAGGUUUCUUCAAACGAAGUGUCCGCAAACAACUCAACUAUGUCUGUCGAGCUAACCAAGAAUGUGAGGUGACCAAACAUCAUCGUAAUCGAUGUCAAUAUUGUCGAUUACAGAAAUGUAUUCAGAUGGGUAUGCGUGCCGAUCAUUGCCAGCCCGAACGUAAACCAUUGGUACUCGAGAAUUCGACUACUUCAAAUUUCGUUACACUUGCGUCGACGACCAGUAGUUCAAUAUUGAUGCCUCCACAAGCUCGUUCGACACAAGCGACGACGAUUCAUCAGCAACAGCAACAACACCAACAACAACAGCAAUCAUCAUCGUCGUCAUCACAUUCACCAACACCAAGAAAUGCUGCCAUGUUGCGAAAUUGUUCAACAGUUCAUGAAAUGAAUAAUUUACUAGAUAAUAAAGCAGCCCUGUCCAUAAUCGAAGCAACCGCUUGUGUUAACCAGAAUACGACCAUCAAUUCGAAUAAAAAUAAUGGUGAUCUUAAUACGUUGGCCAAUGUUGUGUCCAAUCUGAUUGCCUUUAAUAAACAAGUCAAUGUGCCCAGUCAGGUUAAUACAAAUACAGCCGACCAACAUGUUCAUGUUCAUCAUCAUCCACAAUCAAAUCCGGCCCUUGAUAGGCUAUGGAAAGCCGAUGUUGAUGAUGAUCCUAACACUGAAGAAUCCCAUUCUGAAAAGAGCUCUGCCAAAGAAACCAUUAGUGAUGCAAAUGAACGUUCUGGUCAAAAUUUAUUAAUCACUAAGGCGGCUUUCGAUGUGAUGGCUAAAAUUGUCUCAGGAAGCAAAAUCACUUCAGAUCAAGAAUCAUUAUUCCUAUAUGGAGCAAUAGAUGCAUUUGGUGGCGUCACUGGUGAACAAGAUAAUUUGAUCGAUUUCGAAGGACCUAUACUUAGUGAUCAACAUUUUGUAUUCAAUUUGGCGCCACCGAUGGCACCAAAUUCGUUCAUGUCGUUACAAUAUAUUUGUGAAUUUGCAUCUCGGUUACUAUUCCUGUCUGUACAUUGGGCACAAUCGAUUGCAGCUUUUCAAAACAUGUCACAUGAUGUGCAAACUUCAUUGAUUAGAGGAUGUUGGUGUCAGCUAUUCGUGUUGGGCUUAGCACAAACUUCACAAGUCAUGUCCUUAGCAACUAUUUUGUCGGCAAUCAUUACGCAUUUACAGACUACCUUACAGCAAGAUACAUUAUCGUUGCAAAGAAUCAAACAAGUGACAGAUCAUAUAUGCAAAUUGCAGGAUUUUGUGAAUACAUUUCAAAAACUUCAAGUCGAUGAACGAGAAUAUGCCUAUCUCAAAUCAAUCAUAUUGUUUAGUCCAGAAAAUGUUGCUAUCAGAUUAAACAAUAGACAAAUUGAAAGAUUUCAAGAAAUGUGUGCUAAUGAGCUUCGUAAUUACGUUUCAUCAAGAACAACAUCAUCGUCCAGACAAAAUAAUUCAUUAGAUCGCUAUUCAAGGCUAAUAUUACGUCUAAUACCUCUUCGUUCAUUGGUGCCCUCAUUGACUGAGGAUCUAUUCUUUUCCGGUUUGAUCGGAAAUGUUCAAAUCGAUAGCAUCAUACCAUAUAUACUGGACAUGGACUCUAAAGAGUUUACCAGUCAAUUCACAAAUGUAUCGACAACGACAACAAACACAACCUCAGCUUCAACAUCAUCAUCAACGACGACUACAUCCGCAUUAAAUGACCAUCUUCGAUCAUGCCCCACUAUAUCUACUACAACUACUUUUAGUGGCACAGGCGGAAGUAAUCGAUCAAAAUCCUCAUUUUCAAUAUCAACUACAAAUCCACGUGCUGAAUCGCCUUCAAAAGCCUAGCUUUGAAUUUUUUUUUCACAAUUUUCGCUUUUCAUUUCAUUUUUUUUCUCCUUUUGUUCUUGUUUUUCCAUUCUUUUC